CGAUAGGCCGCCUCUAGUUGACGUGUUGUUAAAUUUUAAUUGUAUUUUGUAAAUGCAUGAAUUGUGCUUAAAUUAAAGUAAUUAUGUCUCAGUUUGGCGGACCCAACGACUUUUACGGCUCUGCGCCUUCGGCGGAUGCCAGUUACAACUUCGAUAUGCCGGAAUUUGGUCAGGAACUGAACUUCCAAACCUUCGACAACACACAGGCCUCAGUGCCACCCAACUAUGAUGCAGCCUAUGCCCAGCCUGCGAGCCAAGGAUUGGGCGGAUUCUACGAUCCCACGGCGUACACUGACACAAGUUACAACCAGAACAAGAGCGGAAAUCCAGGCCCCGCCGGAGGAGCCGGCAACGAGUUCGACGAUGAACCCCCACUUUUGGAGGAACUGGGCAUCAAUCCGAAUCACAUCUUCCAAAAGACGCUCGCCGUGCUGAAUCCUUUGCGGGGCACCGACCAGCAAAUCCUGCAGGACACGGACAUGGCGGGUCCACUGGUCUUCUGCCUCACACUUGGCGGCUUCCUGCUACUGAGCGGCAAGGUGACUUUCUCGUACAUCUACGGAAUCGGCGUGAUGGGCUGCAUCUUCUUCUACUGCCUGCUGUCUCUGAUGGUCAGCCGGUCGCAGGUGACCUUCGGGGCGGUGGCCUCCGUGCUCGGCUAUUGUCUGCUGCCCAUGGUGGUGCUGUCGGGCAUCAACAUUUUAAUCACCAUUCAGGGCACACUCGGCCUAAUUGUGAGCGGCAUCUCCAUAUUCUGGUGCGCCAUAUCGGCCUCGAAACUGUUCGCCACCGCCUUCUCCAUGGACCAUCAACAGCUGCUGAUUGCCUAUCCGUGUGCGGUGCUCUAUGGAGGAUUUGCGUUGAUUACCAUUUACUAGGGCCACGGGCGCCCGCCUGCUAUUCCACCACCCCCGACCGCCCGCCACCCUGUUGUUGUGUUUGCCUGGUUUUAAUUGUCCUGCAAACACACACUCUUGCAGCACAAUAAAUACACACAUUGAGGCCGGGAUGCGAGGCGACACGAGGAGGCCGACCCGACCCAUGGAUAUGUAUAUUUUUAAGAAAAUAAGCGCCGAUGGUGAAUUUGUUUUCCAUAUUCUCCUUUUUCGCUGGCCAAGCUCCCUUUACUCAAUACUUUUGUUGUCAGCCGAUGUAAUAAAUUUGAUUGGGAAUAAAAAAUGGUUAACAAA